AUGCACUUCUUCACCCUCGCCAUCGCUAUCUUCGCAACCAGCACCCUCGCGGCCCCGGCCCCAGCCGCCAUCAACCCGGACUGGAUGGGAGGCAUUCUGAACAUCUUCAACAGACCCCAUGGCAAGGUCAGCGCUGAAGCUAGUGCUAGCCCUGCCAGUUCCAGUGUCGCUUUGGGUCCUACUCCCAGUCCCACUGUCGGCACCAUUGUCCCGCUGUAA